AUGGCCGGAGCUGGCGCAGUAAACCCAAUGACGUUUGAUAGAGUCAAAGCUAAAACUCAUGGUGCGAAACCCAGAGAUGCGGGCGCUUUACAACGGACUAAAGAACGAGUGAUUGUCCCUUUCAAGUCCGAUGCGCGCCAGUUAACCCUUGGGCCGAAUUUCCCAUCAGCGCUGGAAAAUCUGAAAGAAUACAUUCCCAUGCUAAACCCAGAAUUGCCGUACUACAAAUAUGAGAAUCCCUAUAAGUUUGAGAAUUGGGCAUGGCUGCGUGUCUGGCCGUGGUCAGAUAAACGAGAAAUCCAGAAGGCCUUCGUCCAACGGUACCACGAGUUGGAACCGGAAUACCCCGAUACUUGGAAGAUGGGUGGAAUCUAUGACCUAUUGAAGUUCUCCACCAUAGGGCUUGGCGAAAGUAGAGAUCUGGUGGAGGCCGUACUAGGGUUUUGGAGUGGGAGCAAUAAUGUUUUAUGCUUUCCAUGGGGCCUGAUGACACCGACAUUGCUUGAUGUAUGCAUUAUCACUGGUCUGCCUGCUGUUGCAUAUGUGGUCGUGGAUGGCCAUGUGAUUGAUGAUGAUGCAGCUGCAGUAGUGGCGGGGCAACCCAGAAGCUAUGGACCUUUCAUCAACGAAAAAAAACGGCACACAAGCCGAUUAUAUCAUAUCCAAUUUCUUGCUAUGUGGUUGAACAUGUAUGUGUUUCCUGGGAAAUCGUUUCAAAUGACUAUGGAUUGGUAUCAUGUUGCUGGUAGGUUAGCAUCUGGAGUACAAAUGAACUUGGCAGAGGCUAUUCUUGCAAUGUUGUAUCAUUGUUUCCAUGAAGCCACGCAUAAUCCUAGUGUUACCCUCUGUAGCCCUGUGUGGGUAUUGCAUUUUUGGUUGUAUAUAUAUUUUCCUAGUUUAAAACCAGAAGACUGGUGGUAUGAACUGUCAAUUGGUAUGUACCGUUCUGGAUUCGAGGCAAUCAAAACCUUCUUUGGCAUUGGCAAGUUUGCAAAGAACAAGUCAGUUGGUGGUGUUGCAGAAACAGAGAAGAAAGGGAAAAGAAAAAGUGACGCUGCAGCAAAGACUGGUGGUCUAUCAAGCAAGAAGAGCACUGCAACCGCCGAUGUCAGGGCAAAAACAAGUACCGGGAAGGAUGCUCCAACCUCCACCCGUCGAUCCAAGAGGUUGAUUGGGAGGAAGCGCUCUGCUACCGAAGUCAGCAAUAAGGAAAAUCUCGUAUCUGUGUUUGAGAGUGAAGAGGAAGAAGCAGAAAGCCCAGGCAGCGAGAAAGGUUCUGUUGCAGUAGCAGAAGAUCGGGCUGCACAAAAAACAGCUCCGGAGAUUGGCGGCGCCAGGAGCAAAAAGGAGAAGAAUAAAUUGCUAUCUGAACAACUGAUUGAACAGGCAGGGAAAUUGGAAACCAACAUCAAAGAGGCAGUUGUUGCCGAAUUAAAGGAAAAGGCAGAAUUGGAGAAAGUACAAGCCAAACGCAAACAACUGGAGGCAGAGCUAAGUGGUGUUGUUGCGGACACUGAUGUGGCACUUGAUGGAUAUGGGCGGAUGACCACCGUUGUGAACCAACUGCUUCCCAAGUUCCAGGAUGCUGGAAAAGUUGUAGAAGGUGGGUAG